UCCUGUCGUGCACCUGUCACCAUGGAUGAUUACCCGAUGUAUGGUUUACUAGUGGGGUUCUCCCUCUGGGGGACCCUCUNGUCACCAUGGAUGAUUACCCGAUGUAUGGUUUACUAGUGGGGUUCUCCCUCUGGGGGACCCUCUGGCGGCUCAUUUUUCCACUUGGUUUCUGGCAUACCUCUACCUGUAGGGUAGAUACUAGGGGUUGUAAGACUACCAACCCCUACACACCCAAAGAAGAGGCCAAGGCCGCCGCGAUCCUAAAAGAGAGGAGAGAAAAGAAGGAGGCCAAGAAGAACGCCUUACUGGAGGCGCAGGCGGCGAAGUUGAAGAAGAUUGAGAAGGAGAUGGCUAGAGAGAAGGAGAGGCUGAAGAAAGAAGAAGAAGCGAGAUUAAAGGAAGUGGAAGAGGAAGAAGAAAAAGAAGUAGAAGAGGAGCUACUAGAGAGAGGAAGAAGAGGAAACAGAGGGGAGUCCAGUGAGACAAAGGAAGACUUGAUGGAGAAGAAGAUUUCAGAGUGGGUUGCAGGACUGACCCUGGGUGAGGAUGAAGAGGCGUUAAUGUAUGAGCCCAGGGACAAGAAGGAGGCGACCGUGCGAGAGUGGGAAGAUGAAGAAGACCCACUCAAGCGGCAAGUGCUAGAAGAUGAGAAGAGGAUGGAGUGGAAGUUCCACCUCACUAGGGAGAGGAAGAGAAGAAUAGAGACAGCAACAGAGGCGACGAAAGAGUUGGAAAAGAUCCGGAAGCAGAGGGAUCAAAUGGCAGUCCAAGUAGAUUUAUCGGGGAAGGUAGAGAUUCUGGCCAAGAACGUGGAACGCCUGGCAAAGAUCGAGGAAGAGCAACUUUUAUUUGGGAGAGGUCAGGACAUUGCCGUGUGUUCGAUACGAUCGGGACUUAGGGACUUUGCUCGGGAGUUGGCAAUGCAGGUGGGCUCGCAUGUGACAACCCGCCUCGAGGGCAAUGAACAAUACUGUGUUGGUGCCAUUGAGGGCGCCAAGCUGACUGCCCUAAAGGAAGAAGAAGCACGUCCCCGUAGGGAGCCGGUCAAAGUUAAGUUUCYUGAUUCCUACAAUGGAAAGAAGGAAGAGAACUUUGACAACUGGGAAGCCAACGUUAAAACAUACGUGCACAUGCAGAAGGUGUCCCCAGAUGAGGAGGUCCUAAUCACCAUCUAAGCGUUAAAGGAAGAAGCCGCCAGUUUUGCACGCUCCUUAGUCCGCGCUGCUAAUUGCAGC